GUCCUCUCGAAACCAGCGAAAAAAAAGGGGGAAAUUAGACCAAAGAUAAACAGGAGGAAAUUAUAGUUUCUGCUCCUCUUUUAUUUCUACGCCAGAAAUUUUUUAACUUCACUGAUCUCGAAAAUCUGGAUGGUUCUUCGAGUGCCAAGCGCGGUCCGCCCAAGAACCCUCGAGCUCCCAAUUGCAUCUCUGACGCAGUAAGUGAUUUGUCAAGGUUGAUUCAUCUCUUUCUUGAUCUGGGUUUCGGUGCUUGCUCCCUUGGAAGAUACCAUGCGAGGGAAAUGUCUGAGCUUGUUGGGUUUUUGCGUGCGACGCUCUAAAUCGACGUCUCGCGGCUGCGAAUUUCUGAUCUUUGUUGUGUCUGAACCAUGAGGUAGAGCUGAAACUCGUCUGGGUAGGGCUAGGUUAAUGGAGUCAGCACGCGCGGACGAAGUUGGGUCGUCUUCUCCAUCUGGGUCUGAUGUUUCCAGGUCCCAAUUGACCAAAGAUGAGGCUUUUCGCGCCGAUGACAGGUGCCCUAAACAAGUAUCGCCCAUAAGGGGUGGUGGGUCGAGAAAUACUAGCCCCUUAAGCCGGGCAGGAUCAAGAAACACAAGUCCUUCUAGGCAAAAGGUUGUUAAGACGAAGCCCCGUGGUCUAGAUGAGGAGACAGCGGCUACAUUCAGCAAAAUAGUGCACCCUGAUGUUCAAAUGGAGGAUAAUAUAUGGGCAAUGUUGCCAGAGGACUUGCUGAAUGAGGUUUUAGCUAGAGUCCCCCCAUUUAUGAUUUUCCGGCUUCGUUCAGUUUGUAGGCGUUGGAAUUCUAUCCUCCAGGAUAGUAGCUUUCUAAAGUUCCAUUCGCAAGUGCCGUCUCAUGGGCCAUGUCUUCUUACAUUUUGGAAAAAUUCACAAACCCCGCAAUGCUCAGUUUUUAGUUUGCCUCUGAAAACAUGGUACAGGAUUCCAUUUAACUUUUUGCCACCUUGGGCAUUUUGGUUGAUCGGCUCGUCUGGAGGUCUCGUUUGCUUUUCUGGGCUUGAUGGGUUGACUUUUAAAACUUUAGUCUGUAACCCUCUUACUCAGACAUGGAGGACACUGCCAAGUAUGCAUUAUAAUCAGCAAAGGCAGUUGAUCAUGGUUGUUGAUCGGACAGAUCGGUCUUUCAAAGUAAUUGCAACGAGUGAUAUAUAUGGUGACAAGUCGUUGCCAACUGAAGUGUAUGAUUCGAAGCAAGACACUUGGUCUCUCCACCAGAUUAUGCCUGCCGUUAAUCUGUGCUCCUCAAAAAUGGCGUUUUGUGAUUCUACAUUGUAUUUGGAAACUCUCUCACCUCUUGGACUGAUGUUAUUUCGAUUGGACAGAGGGCUAUGGGAACAUAUCCCCGCUAAGUUUCCAAGGUCCUUGUUGGAUGGCUACUUGGUUGCUGGUAGUCAAAAACGUUUGUUUCUAGUUGGGAGGAUAGGUCUAUACAGUACACUUCAGAGUAUGAGGAUUUGGGAGUUGGAUCAUGGAAAGAAUACCUGGGUGGAGAUCAGUAGAAUGCCGCCAAAAUACUUUCGGGCUCUUUUUAGGUUGUCUGCUGAGAGAUUUGAGUGCUUUGGACAGGAUAACUUGAUCUGCUUUACAUCUUGGAAUCAAGGGAAGGGUCUCAUAUACGAUGUAGAUAGGAAGGUUUGGUCUUGGAUUGCUGGCUGUGCUCUUCAGUCAUAUAACAGCCAGAUUUGCUUCUAUGAGCCAAGAUUUGAUGCUUCCAUAAACUGAAUGGAGAAACAUGGUAUCAUGCUUCUAUGUGACAAGAACUCUGUUGGAUUGUUGGCUUCAUCGGCACAUGCAUAUAUCAGCUACCUCUCCCUUCCCUUUUCCAAUUUUUAACUGACCUCAUGAAUUAGCGGCAUUUCUAUUGUUUGAGCUCUUCUUUGUGGAUCAUCCUCUGACAUGACUGUGAUUGAAAGAAGUAGUUUUGUCUCCAUUCAAGAGCACAACUAGAGCACAACUAGUAAUGACACUAUCCAUCCAGCUUUUUGUGCUGAUUAUUUGCGGAUCAUUGUGUUUACUCACUUGUAUGGAAGUGGCUCUUGAGGGUCGUUAAUUCAUGGACAAUAGCCUCUGGGAAAGUAUGUAAUUAUAUCUCCUUUUGUACUCUUGGGGGCUAUUAUAUAUGGAAGUUGUAUCAUUUGAUUACUGGGCUCAUUAUUUGGCUUUAUUUAUCAUCACAAUUGGCUCCUGAUUGUGUCCC